UUGCCGGGAAAUGUAGUUUCGGCGCGGCGGGCCCGGCAAGUCCCGGUGCCGAGGUUCGGUGCGGCGCCUCCUGAGGGCCCGGUCGGUAGGGGACCGUCCACCCUGAUAGGGACGAGGGCGCGGCGUCGCCGGCCGCAGGGUGUCGAGGAAAGGCGCCGAGCUGCGGAACGGCGCGUGCGCGGCCAGAGGCCCUGGGGGUGGGAGAGGGGGCAGAGGCAGGGCCUGGCCGGGAGAGGGGGCGGGUGAUCCAGACACCCAGCCGGGAAGAUGCACAAGAGGAAGGGACCUUCCGGACCCCCGGGCCGGGGCGCCGCAGCUGCCCACCAGCUGGGCCUCCUGAUGGGCCUGUCCCCAGAUGGUCUGAUGAUUCCUGAGGAUGGAGUCAAUGAUGAGGAGCUGGAGGCCGAGUUCUUGGCUUUGGUGGGGGGCCAGCCUCAAGCCCUGGAGAAGCUGAAAGGCAAAGGCCCCCUGCCCAUGGAGGCCAUUGAGAAGAUGGCCAGCUUGUGCAUGCGGGACGAGGAUGGGGACGAGGACACCGAUGAGGAUGUGGAGGCUGACGACGAUCUGCUCGCUGAGCUCAAUGAGGUCCUCGGGGAGGAGCAGAAGGCUGUGCAGCCGCAGCCCCCAGGCACCCAGCCCAGCCUCACAGCUCCCAGUCCGGGCCUGGAGGCCACCCUUCAGGAGAGGCUGGGCCUCUACCAGAUGGCCGCAGAGAGUGCCAGGCAAGUUGGGGACGGCGCCAAGAUGCGCCGCUAUGACCGUGGCCUGAAGACGCUGGAGAACCUGCUGGCUUCCGUGCGGAAGGGCAAGCCCAUUGACGAAGAGGACAUCCCACCACCGGUGGCAGUGGGGAAGGGCCCUGCCAGCACGCCCAGCCACACCCCGGCACCUGGGCCACCUGUCUCGGAACCCCGGGUCUCCGUGGAGGCACCUCUGCCCACUGCCCCCGCCGCAUCCCUGGCCCCCACGAAAGCCCCAGGUGUGUACGCAGGUGCCUGCAGCCCCGGGCCCCUGGAGCAGCUGCGGAGCCGACAGCAUGAGUACAAGCUGGCCGCCCUCCACGCCAAGCAGCAGGGCGACAUGGCGGCCGCCACCAGGUUCUUCCGCAUGGCCAAGAGCUUUGAUGCUGUCUUGGAGGCCUUGAGCCGCGGAGAGCCUGUGAACUUGUCUGGUCUGCCCCCUCCCCCUGACCAGCUGUCCCCCGACCCACCAUCCUCACCCCCGCAGCCUCCAGCUCCCCCCAACACGCCCUCCACUCCAGAGGUGCCCCCAGCCCCGCGAACUCUGCUGGAGGCUCUGGAGCAGCGGAUGGAGCGGUACCGACUGGCCGCGACCCAGGCCAAGACCAAAGGAGACCAGCGGAAGGCCCGCAUGCAUGAGCGAAUCGUCAAGCAAUACCAAGAUGCCAUCCGUGCCCACAAAGCUGGACGAGCAGUAGACGUGGCAGAGCUGCCGGUGCCUCCCGGCUUUCCCCCCAUCCAGGGCCUCGAGGCAGCAGAGUCUGCACAGCCCAGCCUAGUGGGUGUCCUGGAGACAGCCAUGAAGCUGGCCAGCCAGGACGAUGGACCGGAGGAUGAAGAGGACGAAGACCUCAAGAAGCCCAACAGCCCACUGGCUCCCUCCGCCCAGUCCAAGGCCCCAGCCCCGAGGGCCCCCCAGGCCGGAUCCGCCCCAACAGCCAAAGCAGCCCCCAAAGGCACAUCCACCAGAGCCCAGCAGCAGUUGGCCUUCCUGGAGAACCGCAAGAAGCAGCUCCUGCAGGCCGCCCUGCGGGCCAAGCAGAAGAACGAUGUGGAGGGCGCCAAGAUGCACCUGCGCCAGGCCAAGGGGCUGGAUCCCAUGCUGGAGGCCUCGCGCAACGGGCUGCCCGUGGACAUCGCCAAGGUGCCUCCCGCCCCGGUCAACAAGGACGAUUUCGCCCUGGUCCAGCGGCCCGGCCCGGGGCUGUCUCAGGAGUCGGCCCGGCGCUACGGGGAGCUCACCAAGCUCAUCAGGCAGCAGCAUGAGAUGUGCCUGAAUCACUCCAACCAGUUCACGCAGCUGGGCAACAUCGUGGAAACCAGCAAGUUUGAGAAACUGGCCGAGGACUGCAAGCGCAGCAUGGACAGCCUGAAGCAGGCCUUUGCCCGGGGCCUACCCACGCCCACCGCCCGCUUCGAGCAGAGGACCAUGAGCUUCAUCAAGAUCUUUCCCGACCUCAGCGCUAAUGACAUGCUCCUGUUCAUCGUGAGGGGCACCAGUCUGCCCACGCCGCCAGGGCUGUCCCCCGGUGACCUGGACGUCUUCAUUCGCUUUGAUUUCCCCUACCCCAAUGUGGAAGAGGCCCAGAAAGACAAGACCGGCGUGAUCAAGGGCACAGAUUCCCCAGAGUUCAAGGAACAGUUCAAACUGUGCAUCAGCCGCGGCCACCGCGGCUUCCGCCGGGCCAUCCAGACCAAAGGCAUCAAGUUCGAAGUGGUGCACAAGGGGGGCCUGUUCAAGACAGACCGGGUCCUGGGCACCGCGCAGCUCAAGCUGGAUUCGCUGGAGUCGGCAUGCGAGGUCCGGGAGAUCCUGGAGGUCCUGGAUGGUCGCAGACCCACGGGAGGGCGGCUGGAGGUCAUGGUGCGGAUCCGGGAGCCUCUGACCUCUCAGCAGCUGGAGACAGUGACUGAGAGGUGGCUGGUCAUUGACCCUGGGCCCCGGGCCAUGCCCACACAGGUGGCUGGGCCCAAAGGGAAGGCGCCUCUGGUGCCAGCCCCUGCCAGGGAGCCAGGGAACAGAUCCUCCCGGCCCCUGCAUAGUCUCAGUGUGCUGGCCUUUGACCUGGAGCGUCUGGAGCGGAAGAUCCUGGCACUCAGGCAGGCUCACCGACCGGUACCCCCAGAAGUGGCACAGCAGUACCAGGACAUUGUGCAGCGAAGCCAGUGGCAGAGGGCACAGCUGGAGCAGGGGGGCCCGGCCAUACGGCGUGAGUAUGUGGCCCACUUGGAGAGGCAGCUCCAGUUCUACACCGAGGCUGCCCGGCGUCUGGGCAAUGACGGCAGCAGGGAGGCCGCAAAGGAGGCACUCUACAGGCGGAACCUGGUGGAGAGCGAGCUGCAGCGGCUGCGCAGGUGAGCGCCCCCUGCCGGCGGGCCAUCAGGGAGCAAGGCCCGAAGCCCUGGUACCCGGAGGAGCCGCCUGCUGUCCCUCGUGCAGACAAUCAGCGGAUGGCCACCUGAGGGCUCCCCUGACCCCGCGGGGCCAUCCCUGCCGGCACUUGCCCCUGGCCAGGCUCUGGCAGGUGGGCCCCAUCCUCCAGAGUCCCGUUUGCACAGUCUGGGGGCUUGGGGCUCCUGGCUCGCCCGGAGGUGGGAGGACGGCUGGGCCCCAGCCUCUAGGGCCCCUGCGCACUUUACUUCCUCUCCCUGCCUUAACCCCGUACCCACCCGCACCCCAAAGAUGCCACUGAGGCCUGCUAGAGGCCCCCCUCACAAUGUGCUCCCCCGGGGACAGCCCUAGCAGAGCUAGACCAGCCCCUCCAGCGGGCCCCCACAAAUAAACAGCAAGGACUAUG